AAUAGUAAGUAUUUUAACAAAUAAUUCAAAAUUAUAGCCAAAAGAGAUAAUCGUUAUUAAAGACCAACUAAUAACUGAAAAACAUUUUAUUAAGAGAUUAUCAUUUAAAUCAUAAAUUAGUGGUCAAACAAAAGAAAUGGGCGAAACAUAUCUGAAACAAUGCAUAUCAAGGCCUGAAUCUGAAGACGGAAAGGGACCCAACAUAUCAUACGGCGCCUCAUCAGUACAGGGCUGGCGAUCCACUCAAGAGGACGCACACAUAUGUUUGCCAAAGUUUGACAAAAACGCCAGUCUGUGGGCUGUUUUCGACGGACAUAAUGGCGCAGAAGUGGCACAAUUGGCGUCAAAACUCUUACCGAAUAUGAUAUUAAAGAAUAAGAACUACAAAGAAGGCAAAUACGAAACGGCACUUCAGGACUCAUUCAUGCAAUUUGAUGACCAACUUCUCGAAUUGGAAACCGUCAACAAAAUGAUAUCAAUACGCAAACAGUACACACAAGUGCCCAUCGACCGAAAAAAUGCACCGGCAGUGGCCAGUGGUUGUACGGCUAUUGUUGUACUUAUAAAAGAUGGCAUCGCAUAUGCGGCCAAUUUAGGAGAUUGUCGGUGUAUUCUAUCACGAAAAGGCAGAGCAUAUCCAUUGUCCAGUGACCACAAACCGGAAAAUACUGACGAAAAAAGUCGCAUUAAGAACGCCGGCGGACAAAUCAUUUGCGGUCGCAUUAAUGGCGGUGUAAACGUUUCGCGCGCUUUUGGUGACCAUCACUACAAAGGUAACACUGAACUGCCAAAGAAGGAACAGAUGAUCAUUGCUUUGCCCGACAUAAAGACAGAACAGUUGACAUCAAACGACAACUUUAUGGUACUCAUAUGCGAUGGCAUCUGGAAUACCAUUUCUGUUGAGGAAGUUGUUCUAUAUGUCAACAAACGAAUACCAAGAGUUGCUGUUUUGUCCAAAAUAUGCGAAGAAGUAUUCAAACAGAUAUUGCCGACAACUAUGCCUACCCAUGGAAUCGCCGGUAAAGACAACAUGACGUUUCUGAUCGUCAAAUUUGAACCGAAUCUGAUUAAUACAAAUCAAGUACAGAAGCCAAACACUACCACCAAUACGGCCAUCAAGAGAACCAAUAGCAAAGAUUCAGUAGUAUCUGUACAACCGGGUGGUCAGACAAGAGUCUGUCUAAACGUACUCAAAGAUGAUGGUACGGUUGUGCCAUUGGCUAAUCCAGAUAACUUUGCAAAAGUUGAGAUCAAUAUUACACUGACAAAUGUAGAAGAAUCAGAACCAGUAGAAGACAUACCUGAAGAUUCUAACCAAAGAGUUAAGAAAUAUCGGCAGACGAAAGAUGAGGAAAAAGAAAAAAAAAGGAAAGCAAAACAUUAGACACAUUUUCAAGGAUCACAAUAUCAAGGCUACCAAAGUAUCUCUACUGUAUAUAAACUGUACAAUCGAUUGGCACUAACAUCUUCAAUAUAUAGCAUUAAUACACAAAUUCAAUAUCAAUUAAUCAGAUUUCCUUGAUAUGUUUAAAAAAGAAAAAAUAAAUAUUAA